UGCCAUGACCCCGUGCCUCAGUUUCCCCACCUCUAGCACGGGGGGUGGCUUUGCUCGCUGGUCACCGGCCCGCGAUGGGACCCCCACGGUGGGCACAGUGCCACCUCACCCGCGCUCGCCCUGUGCCCGCCGGGGCUUUCGGGCGCAGGUGGGAGCGAAGCGGCGACAAAACCAACCUGAAUAGGGAAGAGGAAGAAGCGACGGCGAGAAGCGGCGGAGGCGGAGGCCGGCGCUGGCAGCCCCGCCGGCGCUUUGGGGGGGUCAGGGCACCCCCAGGCACCCAUCGCAGCCCCCCAGGUGCCCACCCCCAAGUUUGAAGUUCGCCGGCAUGGCCAAAACCACCUCGCUGCGCUGCCGGGUGCUGGAGGGGAAGGACCUGCCGGCCAAGGACGUGUCCGGCUCCAGCGAUCCCUACUGCGUGGUCAAGGUGGACAACGAGGUGGUGGCCAGGACGGCCACGGUGUGGAAGAGCCUGAACCCUUUUUGGGGCGAAGAAUACACCCUGCUCUUGCCCCGUGGAUUCCACAGCCUCGCCGUCUAUGUGCUGGAUGAAGACACCAUCGGGCAGGACGAUGUCAUCGGCAAGGUCUCGCUCAGCCACCAGCAGAUCUCGGCCGAGCCACGGGGCACGGACGGCUGGCUCAGCCUGGCACCUGUGAACCCCGACCAGGAGGUGCAGGGUGAGAUCCACCUGGAGCUGCGAGUCCCCGAGCGGGGCCACCCACGGGUGCUGCGCUGCCACCUCAUCCAGGCCAGGGACCUGGCCCCCCGGGACCCCUCGGGCACCUCGGACCCCUUUGCCCGGGUGUCGUGCUGCGGGCACACGUUGGAGACAGCCGUGAUUAAGAAAACCCGCUUCCCGCACUGGGAUGAGGUGCUGGAGUUGGAGCUGCCGGAGCAGGAGCUGGGAGAGGCUGUGCUGAGCGUGGAGGUUUGGGACUGGGACAUUGUGGGCAAGAACGACUUCCUGGGAAGGGUCGAGUUCCCCUUGGACACCCUCUGCCCGGGCCCCACCAGGGGCUGGUUCCAGCUCCUGCCCUUCCCCAGCACCACCAAGGACCACGGGGGACAGCUGGGUGCCCUGAGGCUGGCAGUGAGGCUGGUGGAGGACACGGUCCUGCCCCGCCACCACUACCAGCCCCUCGUCCAGCUCCUCACCGAGCCCAUCCUCUGCCCGGGCCAGGGCACGGCCCUGGCUGUUCUGGAGGAGGUGACCUCAGGGGAGAGCCGGCAGGACGUGGCUACCAAGCUGGUGAAGAUCUUCUUGGGGCAGGGGCUGGCUGUGCCCCUCCUGGACUAUCUCACCACCCACGAGCUGGCCAGGACCACCGAUCCCAACACCCUCUUCCGCUCCAACUCGCUGGCCUCCAAAUCCAUGGAGCAGUUCAUGAAGGUGGUGGGGCUGCCCUACCUGCACGAGGUCCUGAAGCCGGUGGUGAACCGCAUCUUUGAGGAGAAGAAGUAUGUGGAGCUGGACCCUGGCAAGAUGGAGCUGAGCCGGGGCAGGAGGAUCUCCUUCAAGGGGUCCCUGUCAGAGGCGCAGGUGCGGGACAGCAGCCUGGAGCUGCUGAAGGGCUACCUGGGGGACAUCGUCGAUGCCAUCGUGGGCUCAGUGGACAAGUGUCCCCUCCCCAUGAGGGUGGCCUUCAAGCAGCUCCGCAGGCGGGUGGAGGAGCGGUUCCCCUUGGUGCAGCACGAGGAGGUCCGGUACUUCUCCAUCAGUGGGUUUCUCUUCCUUCGCUUCUUCGCCCCCGCUGUCCUCAUCCCGAAGCUCUUCAGGCUCCGGGAGCAGCACGCGGAGCCCCGCGUCGGCCGUACGCUCCUGCUGCUCGCCAAGGCGCUGCAGAGCAUCGGGAACCUGGGGCUGCAGCUGGGGCAGGGCAAGGAGCCGUGGAUGGCCCCGCUGAAUGCCAUCCUCCUGCCCAGUGUCACCCGUGUCCAGGCCUUCCUGGAUGCCCUGGUCACCGUGGAGAGCCCCGAGGUGGGCGAGGUGCCGAUGCCACAGGGACACUGCCAGCCCCCGGCCACCAUCAAGGAGGGUCCCCUGCACACCUGCCCGGAGCGGGGGGUGGCACUGCUGCCCCGCUUCGCCUUCAAGAAGAGGCACUUCAGGCUCAGCACCCAGGCCCUGGCCUGUGCCAGGGCCCCCCAGGGGCAGGUGCUCAGCUCCAUCCCGGUGGAGCAGAUCCGGGCCGUGGAGCAGGUGGACGAGGGCACCUUCCAGCACCCGCACGUCCUGCAGGUGGUGGCACAGGGUGACACCGGGCAGCUCCACACCACCUACCUCCAGUGCAAGAGCGCCCCGGAGCUGUGGCAGUGGCUGUGGGCCCUGCGCCAGGCCACCAGCGCCAACCGGGACACGCUGCCCACGUGCCACCCCGGCACCUUCCGCGCCGGCCGCUGGACCUGCUGCCUGCAGCGCACCUGUGCUGCGCCCGGGUGCAGCCGCACCCACGGCACAGUGCUGCUGGCGGAGUGGAGCGACCUUGGGGACCCCGCGGUGGCAGCACAGAGCCUCUACGGGCACCUGCGGUGA